AUGAAACAGGAAGAUGAUGAAAUUUCAUCGAGUUCAUCAUCAAGUGGUAGCGACAGCGAAAAUCUGUCAGAUGUGCUCAAAUCUGAGGCAAGCAGUGAAGGCGUAGCUGCUGAGGGAGGAAAUGCUUCAUAUGAUAGUGAUGAGAGCUUUGAAGUGGUUCCACAGAAACGCGCCAGAGGCUCUGGAAGCGGGAAGCAGAGAACUAGCGCUGGCAGCUCCACAAAAUCUCGCGCUUCAAAUGGUUCUGGAACCACCAGGAAGUCGGCAAAGGCUUCGGCUGUUCCUGCACUCCCACGUGCUUCGAAACCAAUCAAACCUUGGCAGAGAACUGGCGAACCUGUCGUAGAGGGCGAUGUUGUUGUACCUCCCAGACCGCUUCGAAAAGGAGAGAAAAAAAUGCUGAAGUUCAGGUGUGCAGUGACUAUGUUUGCCACCCUUAAUUCCAUUGUGCUCAAUGCAAAAAUCCUAGAAAAUACUUCCUAACG